AGUGCCUUGCAGUUCUUGCCACAACAUUAGGCAACAUGACCAAUUUGUUUGAUCAUUUAAGUCGGCACCACAAAUCUUUGUAUGACAAGUGCAAAGCCAGAUCUGAAUGCCGUCCAGAGCAAAAAACUAUUUAGUUUGCCUUUGCCAGUGUUACACCUAGGGAUGCACCGAUCCGAGACCUGGAUCAGUAUCAUCAGCUCUGAUACUGAAGCUUUUAGACGGAUCGUAUCUGUCCGAUGAGCCCGAUCCAAAUCCGAUACUGUGUGUUAGUCAUGUUCAUUACUGUCAAGCUCCAAAUAUGACAUAAAAGAACCAUAAAAUCACAAUUAAAGUAGUUAAUAUGACUCGUGCAUUUUAUUCAAAGCCAUUUGAAGACGUGCGAUAGCUCUGUGAAUCACAAAAGGCUGUGUUUAAGUAUAUAAGUUACUAUAUAAAAUGCACACGCAGCUCCAGCGCAUCAGUGAAUGGUGCUGCUCUGUUUACACACACGCUCUUGGCUAUUUAUAGCCUUCACAGGCGUGCAAUAUUUGAGCGCUACUCACGAACAACAUCUCCGAUGUAGAUGCUCAAUAGUUCGGUUCACUUAUAAUAUGCAUUUAGAACAGCACCGAGGUGCAUGUGACCAGAAUUUGAAUAAGAAGUGAAUUAAACUACUGUGAACUUACAAACGGACACGCAGGACUUCCUGGAGAGUUCACAAUGUCAAAAUAAAAGUGUGAGGGUUAAAAAGUUAAAGGUGCACGAUUGAGAUAUAUUACUAUUAUAAUAUAUAAUUAUUUGUUUACAAAUUAAGUUAACAUGUAUGUUCCAUAACACUGUAACUGUUAUCGGAUCAGGAUCGGCAAAUCCUGAGAUUUCCAAUAUCGGAUCGGAAGAGAAAAAGUGGUAUCGGUGCAUCCAUAGUAACACCAUACGAGAAAGCUUCCAAAUGGCAGAGAGAAAUCACAGAUUAAGUAACAUUUUACCUCCUAAUACCCUCUGUCUUAACUGUUUUAAUUUACUGAACUGUCAGUUUAAAUAUGACACAUCUGGCGGCGUCAUCUGUGCUUCCUUAAUGUCUGUAUAAAAAUUACCUCAAAAUGUUUGGUAGCUGCAUAUUUAUUGUUAUCAAUAUUUAUUAUACACUCACUGACCAAAAUGUACAACAUGUCCUGGUCUGAUGAAUCUCGAUGAUAUUCUGCUCCGAGUGUUUAUCGGAGUUAUUGUAGCCUUUCUGUCAGCUCGAUACAGUCUGGUCAUUCUCUGUUGACCUCUCUCACCAACAAGGCAUUUCGGUCUGCAGAACUGACACUCACUGGAUGUUUUUUGUUUUUGCCACCAUUCUGAGUAAACUCUAGAGACUGUUGUGCGUAAAAAUCCCAGGAGAUCAGCAGAUACAGAAAUGUUCAAACCAGCCCGUCUGGCACCAGCAAUGGACGCUUUUCACACGUCCGCACGCCGCAAAGCGGAAGUCAUCAUAGUUGGCUAAUCUUGAAUGCCGGUAAUUGGUGGACCACAGCAAAUUACAUUUUUGCUUAUCCGUUUGUACCAACAGCAAAAGAAAAAAUCAACAAUUAUGCUUUUACAGAUUUGCAGUAGAAAAUAACAAUAUACAGCACUGGAUAACAUCAGUAAGAAUGUGUUAGAAGCCUCGUUGCAGCUAUGGUAACCGAUGCUUUAAAGCGUAUUCCAGGGUAAUAUAAUACAAAGUACAAUAUAAUAAAUUUACAUUAAAUAUUAAAUAUAAAAUUGGAAAUAUAAUAUUUUUUUGCUACAUUUAUGUUGUUAAAGAAGGUGGAAACACAUCAUAUUAGAUCUGUGAAAAGGGUCCAUCAUGCUACGGUCAAAAUCGCUGUGAUAACCAUUUUUUCCCAAUUCAGAUGGUUGACAACUUUAGGGGGCGUGUUGAAGCGGGUUUCGCCCAGGGCGCAAAACAAGCUAGAACCGCUACUGACGCUCUAUAUUGCAUUGUGUCUACGUAAUGCCUACCUACACAGAAAUCAGUGAUUCAAACGUUUGAUGAAUAUAAUAACCUGGACAAUGUGCCGGGAAACUUUAUUUAUUUAUAUAUAUUUAAAGCAAACACAUUCUGGUCUGUGCUUCACUACAAUGUAAAUGCAUCCUCUCCACAACAGCAGAAGACCACGUCCGGCACUUUAUUAAGACCAAAGUGUUCUUAAAAAAUGUCUGUCACAAUUCAACAAUCGGAAUAUUCAUUAUAUAGGCUUCAUUUUCUUUAUGGAAAAAUAUGGGGGUGAAACCUGGGCAAUUUUAGCUGGUUUUUAAAAAUUGUUUAAAGGGUGUGGUGAUAAUACCAAGUUAUUGCAUGAAUAUGGACAAAUAAACAAAGUUGGUGCAAGUAACAUUUCCUUGUCUUUUACCAAUAUUAACUUGCUUUUGUUUGUUGUUACAGAUCCUGGUUCGUUUGUUUAUUUUUACAUCUGAAAGUGUCUCUGCAGGCCCCAGUGGAAAUCAAAGGUGUUGUUGGAGACUCUGUCAUCUUGCCAUGCUCUUAUGAAGAAAGAGUGCUGAAGAACGAGGAAAUUAAUGUAUUUUGGAGAAACAAACAAAGCAACAAUGUUUAUGAUAUUAUAAACGGCCUUCCUUUAACAGAUAAACAAGAUCAAAUAUUCAAAGAUCGAAUAGAAAGUUUUGUCCCAGAGAUCGCAAAUGGAAACUUUUCCCUCACACUCAAAAAUCUGAGCUUCGCUGAUGCAGGGGAGUUCUUCUGCUCGAUUGUAAAUGUGAAAAAAUCCUUUAUAACACUGCAAGUAAGAGCAAAGCCUACUCCAGAACCAACGUUUCAACCAAUGAACAAAACAGAAAACUCUUCCAUGAACCCACAUCCAGAGAGGAUUGUAACUGUCCUGAUUGCUGUUUUAGGAAUAAUUUUGCACUAUAUAUGAGCGUCUCUGUACUGUUUAUGUUUUACCCCAUGAUGUGCCUUUCUGUUAUCACAAUUGGCUGUACCUGAAGCCCAAAUGUAUUUUAUGUUUAUUUUAUUGUUAAUCUGAACCAUAUUUUUAACCAUUAUGGGUAGCACUAAACAGGUCAUAUCUCUUGUGUGUUUAUUCUUGUUCUCAAUUAAUCUGCGCAAGUAAUAAGUAUGACAGUUUAAAUUAAUUCUGCAAUCGAUUAAACAUUUUUAUUUAAUUAAUUACUUGGUGUCCUGAUUAAUUAAUCGCACAUACAAAUAUUUGCUGAGAAAGCCCCUCAUAUAAGAAUAAUUCAAUAUAUAAUGAUUAUACAUAUUUAAAUCAAUAUACAUUUUACUUAAUUAUCUUUAAAUAUUUCCAAAUUAUAUAUCUAUAAAAAUAUUCAGAUAAUUAAAAUGCAUUACAUUCUUGUAGCAGAAGAGUUAAUCAUUGAUAAGACAAUACAAAAAGCGGCUUUAGAAUACAAUGUAUUGUUUACUACCAUAUUAUUGAUCAUAAGUCGAUCAUUGGCAUACAGUUCACAGCAAUCCAUUACACAAGUGAAUUUGUCAAUCAGUUGGAGAUUUAUUAUGAGGGCUUGUUUAUGGACCUGUCAAAUUACACCUACGUCAGACGUCUCGGGUGUGUUGCUUUAUAAACAAAAAAUGUUUAGGUCACUGUGUCAAGUUAAAUAUAGUUUAAUACUCAAUCUUUAAACACAUCUUUAGAUCGCAUUUGCGCUCCUUCGAGUGUUUUGAACUUCUGCCUACUGAAGUGUUUUCUUCACUGUAUAAACUGUGUGUUGCUCAUACAGCUGAAAUUUCACUUACUGCCCUCUGGAGUAAACAGGUGGUACUACAAGCUUGCAUUUCUCAGGAAUCUUCCUUAUUAUGGUUUGUGGGCAUGCGAUUAAUUGCAGUAAUUUUUUUAAACAUGUUAUUUUUUGUCAAAUUAAUUGCACUGAAUUAACGCGUUAAAUCGACAGCCCUAAUUUAAACAGAAUAAUAGAAGUACAUAGCGGUGUAAUGUUCUCGGUUAAAAAAAACACUAAUUAUAUGUACUGUACUUUGUCUUUUUGUUCAAUUUUUAAAUACUUUUUUGCAUUAAAAUAUAGAUUGUGAUGUGAUUCCCCUUGGAGCUGGUUGCUUUGCUUAAUGACUCUAAUUAGGGCCGUAGUGUUCCUAAUAAAGUUACCAGUGAGUGUUAAAUUUUGGGUAUGGUUCAAAGUGAUCACCCAUGGUGUUUUGAAUGUAACAUCACACCGUGAAUAGUUAAAAAUUGCUUUUAAAGCAUAUUUGACACAGUUUUGUAGUGUAUUUAUAUCAACCAAUGAUAUUGAUUUAACACAAAAAAUAAAGAGUGGAGUUCUAUUAGAGCAGGCUGAGACCUCCCCCUCUUCUCUGUGUGUUUGAGGCUUUCAUUUAUAUUUUGUGGUGUUUCCGCUCAAAGAAAGAUGUUUGCUGUGGUAGAACAUAGAGGUUGUGCUGAAAUCUGAGUUACAAAAUGAAGAUCUUGCAGCUUCAAAUCUAUCUGUUCAUGUGGAAUGAAGUCACAGAGGCUCUGACACAAAUACAAGCAUCUUCAGGAGAUAAUGUGACUUUAGUUUGUAAUCUUGAUAUAGAGGAGAUUUACUGGUACAAACAGAACUUUCCGGAUCCUCCAGUGUUGCUAUUACGCACUUACAGGAGCACAUUUGAAGGAGCUGAUUAUGAAAACAUCAGAUUCAAACACAAAUAUUCACUGAAAACCAACAGCAGUUUGUUUAUCAAAAAUGUCACCGUUGAAGAAUUAGGAGUUUAUUAUUGUGUGAAAACUGCUACACCACUUAAAUUCAGCAGUGGCACCAAAAUCUACAUCACUGAUUUUGUCUACAUGAAUCAGACAGAUUCAGAUGAUUGUCUACAACAUCAGACACUGUGGAACAGUCUUACCAUCACAUCUGUCUUGCUGAAUGCUUUCUUGAUCAUUGCUGUAAUUGGACUGGUGAAGAUCUGCCUUGAUGCAACGGGAAGAGAUAAAAAUACUUCAAAUAAACCUCAGAGUACCACGGCAGCUCAAAACUCAAAUGAUCCACAGUGUGCUGAAAUUGAUUUGUCAAUGCAACCCAGUGGAACCAGGACUUGUCAGGACCAGAGCAUCUAUUCUCUUAUUUUUUACAGCCAACAAAAUCUGUAUGAAGAAACUUAGAUUAUGUUAUAGUGUUUGUAUUUUAAUUGUUUAACAAUGUUAAAAGAUGCUUCUUAGAUAGGUUUGAAGUCUUUGUUCAUUUGUUUUCAUAUUGCAGGGAUAUACAGUAUCCUAUAUAAUAGUAAGUUUGGACACACAGAAUUUAAGUUUCUCUUGAUCAUUUCAUAGUUGUGAUGACUUUACUUUUAUUCUAAAAUGUUAUUUCAGACAAUGUUGUCUCGAACUGAAUCUUUUACAUUUGACUUUUUCAUACACACUAUCGGUCAAAAGUUUUGAAACACUUGACUGAAAUGUUUCUCAUGAUCUUAAAUAUCUUUUGAUCUGAAGGUGUAUGCUUAAAUGUUUGAAAUUAGUUAUGUAGACAAAAAUAUAAUUGUGCCACCAUAUUAAUUUAUUUCAUUAUAAAACUACAAUUUAAUAAUAAAAAAAAGGACCGAAUAAUAAAGAAAAGCAGUCAAUAAGUGCCCAGCAUAGAUGGGAACUUCUUCAAUACUGUUUAAAAAGCAUCGCAGGGUGAAACCUCAAGAUAAUGUGAAGAGUACAUGUCCAUAAAUUAUAGGCAAAAGGUGACUACUUUGAAGAUGCUAAAAUAUAACACAGUUUUGAUUUAUUUUGGAUUUUGUUUAGUCACAACAUAAUUCCCAUAAUUCCAUUUAUGUUAUUCCAUAGUUUUGAUGACUUUACUGUUAUUCUAAAAUGUGAAUAUAUAUAUAUAAAAUAAAGAAUGAAGUGAAUAAAGAUAGUGUAAAUAUUAUGUGCAUUAAAAAGUAUUUACAGUAUUAACAAACAGUAAUCAAUUCAUAGUAAUGUUCAGUUCUGAGAUUGUUUGUCACACAUUACAUUAAAGUUUACAGAUCAUUACAAUAAAAAUAUAAUUCAAAAACUAAAUGCAUUAAAGAGAUACCAGGCUAGUUAGUUAAGUGGUCAUAAAGGGCUAUAUAUCACAAUAAUCAUAAAGGUUUGUCUUAUUUUUUGCACUAAAACUGUCACGAUUCCCUGUUGUCUGCUCUGUGUUUCUCCCCUGUCACCUGUCCCGAACUACACUUCCCAUAAUCCCCUGCCCUCAUCACUGCCAGUGUCAUUGUUCUCACCUGUGUGUAAUUCAAUCAUCAUCCUUCUGUAUUUAAGCUCUGUUGUUUGUUCAUUUGUUGUCGGUCGUCAAAUGUGAAUGUUAUGGUUGUCCGUGAUUGUGUUCCUGCCCGUGCCUUCCGUGGAUGUUUCUCAUGUUUAUACUUUGUUUUCCCCUCGUGGAUGUUUUGUUUGUUCCCUGUGUUGUUCAGUUACUGUUGUGGAGUUACCUUGUUCACUCUUUUGUUCCUUCAUUAAAGAGAUGCAUUUAGAUCCUCACUCCUCGUCUUCCCUCGUCUGAUUCAUAACAAAAACCCAUAAUAAGUUGACUGAAUAUAGUAAUUGUUUUGGUGAGUCCGUUGGUUUGUUUCAGUUUGUUUUUACAUGUUCUCUCUAUUUAUUCAGGUGUUGCUGGCUCGCAUAAUCGGCGUUGCCAUGGGAUCCUUGAUUGUUUCUAUGGUAACGCUGAUUAUUCCAGCUUGCUGUGAGCGAGUGGCACCUGAUCACCAAUUCCCUAUCUACCUCACUAUGUUUCGUGUUUGU